GAACGCGUGUCGUGCCCGCCGCAGCCCGCCUUGUUGCAUCCUUCCUCUCGCUCACCAUCCCCAGCAACUUCAUCAUGACCAGAGCAGAAAGCUCCAAAACGUCCCACGAGCCGUCCUCGCGCGCCGCCUCGUCCAGCAAGGACGGCGGCGGCGCCAGCGGCGGCGAGCAGCCUCCCCAGCCCGUCAAGCAGAGGCGCAAGCCCGGCAGGGUCCCCGUCUCCUGUGCAGAGUGCCGCCGGUACCGUACGCUCUCGCUGUCUCUUCCGCCAGGCGCGCUGACCACUCUCCCUCGUCGCCAGCCUGAAGCUGCGCUGCGACCGCAAGGCUCUUUGACCACCGGUAACAGAUCCAACAGGCUGGCAUUCGCAGAUGCAGAAGAGCUCCAAAAGAAAGUAGAACGCCUUCGCGGGCGCGUCAAAGCACUCGAGGGUGCACUGCACGCACUCCAAGCAGACGUCUCUGACGACCCCCAUCCGCUCCUCAUAGACACAGACGAGUCCACAGCCAUCAUUGACCCAACAGCAACGCCCGUGCCAGCGACCGUUCACCAUAGUCCUCCAGAUCAGCAUCCCGAACAAGAGUCUCCGCAGGCCAUGUCUCGCGAGGACGAAGAGUUUAUUGGUGCAUUCGGCACCCUGACGCUCGGUGUACGUGGCGAGUCGCGGUACUACGGCUCUACCUCUCGUUCAGAGUUUCUCGUUCAUGGGCCAGGUAACGGAGGCUGGGCCGAAUUCGGAUGCCACAAAGAAGACUUUCCACGGUUCAGCCAACAAGUCUACGACGAGGCGCUCAAGACUUUUGAUCUCACGUGCGACAUACCCGAGGUCAGGAUACAGAUAUGGCAACUGCUGCCUACGCUCGGCCAAGCCUGUCGACUGGUAGAAAUAUUCCUGGACAUGGGCGACUUCCUAUGGCAGCCCAUCCCGCGCGCCCAGCUCUACGACGAGAUCCUCAGCGUCAUCUACCGCUCGCUCCCCAUCGGCGUCGACAACAGCGUCGUCUCGAACCACGCCGCGGCCGUGCUGUACAUCGUCUUCGCGCUCGCGACGCUCUUCGACCCCGACAUGCCGCCGUACCCCGCGCUCGCGACGGAGUACUUCCUCCUCUCGCGCCUCGCCCUGCGCUGCGCGUCGCCCGUGCAGGACACGACGCUCUGGGCGAUACAGGCUCUGCUGUACCAGGUGCAGUUCCAGGAGCUCUGGUCCGACAGCAGCAUCACGCCGCACUACGUCUCCCACUACGCGUGGAUGCUCGCCGGCUUCGUCGUCAAGCUGUCGCACAGUAUCGGUCUCCACGUAAAGAGCUCGCGGUGGCAGCUCGACGAAGACGCCGGCACCCGGCGCGCGGCCGUCUUCUGGCAGGUGUUCGUGCGCGACACCUGGCUGGUGCGUGUGUUUUUCCCCCGCCUCCCACCUCUACAGUUCCCUUAA